CUGCUGCCGCCGCCGCCGCCGGCUCCCCCGCCCGCCCCGCGCCGCCGCCGCAGCCCCGCCAGACGCAGCGCGGCUCGGAGCGCGCACGGAGCCUCCCGCAGCCGCCGCCAUGGCCCGGAACCGCCGGGACAGGAGCAGCUGGGGUAGUUUUGCAGACAAGACUUACGAGUGGAGCUCUGAGGAGGAGGAGUCAGUGAGGAAGGCAGGGCCAGUGCAGGUCCUCAUUGUCAAAGAUGACCACUCCUUUGAGCUGGACGAAGCCGCCCUGAACCGCAUCCUCCUCUCCGAGGCUGUCAGAGAUAAGGAGGUGGUGGCUGUGUCCGUGGCUGGAGCUUUCAGGAAAGGAAAAUCAUUCCUGAUGGACUUCAUGCUGCGCUACAUGUACAAUAAGGAAGCAGUGGACUGGGUUGGGGAUUACAACGAGCCCCUGACGGGUUUCUCCUGGAGGGGCGGCUCCGAGCGGGAGACGACCGGGAUUCAGAUAUGGAGCGAGGUGUUCCUGGUGGACAAGCCCGAUGGCACCAAGGUCGCGGUGCUGCUGAUGGACACGCAGGGCACCUUUGACAGCCAGUCCACCCUCAGGGACUCUGCCACCGUGUUUGCCCUCAGCACCAUGAUCAGCUCCAUCCAGGUUUAUAACUUGUCCCAGAAUGUGCAGGAGGAUGAUCUGCAGCACUUGCAGCUUUUCACCGAGUAUGGCCGGCUGGCCAUGGAGGAGACAUUCCAGAAGCCUUUCCAGUCCCUUAUAUUCCUUGUUCGUGACUGGAGCUUCCCUUAUGAAUUUUCCUACGGAUCUGAUGGUGGUGCAAGAUUUUUGGAGAAGAGACUGAAGGUGUCAGGCAAUCAGCACGAGGAGCUGCAGAAUGUCAGGAAGCACAUCCACUCCUGCUUCACCAAAAUCUCCUGCUUCCUCUUACCUCACCCUGGCCUCAAGGUCGCCACCAACCCCAAUUUCGAUGGAAAACUGAAAGAAAUAGACGAUGAGUUCAUCAAGAACUUGAAGAUUUUGAUUCCUUGGCUUCUUAGUCCUGAGAACCUGGAUGUUAAGGAGAUCAAUGGAAACCACAUCACCUGUCGAGGCCUUGUGGAGUAUUUUAAGGCCUACAUAAAGAUCUACCAAGGGGAGGAGCUGCCACACCCCAAGUCCAUGCUGCAGGCCACAGCAGAAGCCAACAAUUUAGCAGCAGUUGCCACUGCCAAGGACACCUACAGCAAGAGGAUGGAAGAGGUGUGCGGAGGGGACAAGCCCUUCCUGGCUCCCAGCGACCUGCAGGCCAAGCACGCGGAGCUGAAGGAGGAGGCGGUGCGGCUGUUCCGCGGCGUCAAGAAGAUGGGAGGGGAGGAGUUCAGCCGGCGCUACCUGCAGCAGCUGGAGGCCGAGAUCGACGAGCUCUACAUCCAGUACAUCAAACACAACGACAGCAAGAACAUCUUCCACGCUGCCCGCACCCCGGCCACGCUCUUCGUCGUCAUCUUCAUCACCUACGUGCUGGCCGGCGUCACCGGCUUCGUUGGCUUGGACAUCAUAGCCAGCCUGUGCAACAUGAUUCUGGGCUUGACACUUAUCACACUCUGUACCUGGGCUUAUAUCAGAUACUCUGGGGAGUACAGAGAACUGGGAGCUGUAAUAGACCAAGUGGCUGCAGCCUUGUGGGACCAGGUAGGAUAAAGAGCUUUUGAUUUCAAACCCGCGCGCAGAAAGUAUCCUCCCUGCACCCCGCUGGGUUUUUUGGUUUAAGCAUUGGGUUUCCUGGGGAUUUUCCUCCCCCUUUGAGGUGAUUUUGGUUUUUAGGGUUGUUAGAUCCAGCUGCUUGUGCUGUGAUCGGUGCAGGGACGCCUUUCCAGUUUUAAUUGAAGUUUUAAUCUGUUCUGUAGAGCUUGCAGAUGGGCAGAGGAAUUGUUGCAGGUCAGUUUGUGCAGUUUGUUGUAAGGGGGAGGUCACAGGGCUGCCCUGUGCCUGUAGCACAGGUGGGGUGAGCAAGGCUGGAGCUGUGUCCCUGAGCCUCCAGUUCCUGUCCAGAGUGGAAAACAAGCUGUGUAGAUCUGAGAAAACUCCCAGCAAGCUCUUUUGUUCUGCCUUUUUCUUUCCUCCUUGUCUUACCUGUCACCAGAUGUGAUUUUGUGGAGCCUUGUGGGCAUGGGCAGCUCUGAGGGAUGCCCUGGGGAGGAUCCUGGUGUGUGUGCUUGGUGUGUGCAUGGCUGUGGCUGUUAAAGAGGAGCAGCCAGGGCUCUCCUCUGCUUCAGGGCAGGGAUUUGGGCUCUCCCAACUCUGCCAGAGGUCGGGGCCAGAUCUUGACUCUGCCAGUUUUGGCACCAGACCCUGAUUUCCCACUGCAGAAAAGGGAAAGCCCAGCCCACACAGAGUCCCCCUGACCCCUGCACCCCAUCCAGGGGUACAGUCCAUGUGUCCAGCUCUGCCCUCCUGCUCCUCCCAGGGCAGAGCUGGAGGAGCCCAUCCCUCAGGAGCCACCCCAGCUCUGAUUUCUGGCAGGAAGGGCCCUUCUCCUUCCCUGCUUUUCCUCCACCACAGAGGGUGUCAUGGAGAGCAAGCACAUUCCCUGCUUCCCUGUGCUGCUGCAGCUGACCAUGCAGCUUUGGGGGAAACAAAGGCAGCAUUUACUGAUGGUCCUUCAUUCCAGAGCUGGGCAGUGGUGCUGUCCCAGGUGGAUUCAUCCUGGCUGUCCUGUCCCCAGCACCUGAGCACCCCCAGUAAAGCCCCCUGCAGUGUCCCUUUGCCCGGGACACUUCCCAGCAGCCUGUGGGAUGUGCUGGAAUAUUCAAUCCCAUCCCAGUGCAGGAGGCAGUGGCAGUUCAGCAAGAACAGGCAUGAACAGCAGGAAGGUGCUGCCCACUUGCAACAUGUCCAGCUGGGGCAAAAUAAAGAGGGUAAAGUGCUUGGAGCUGGUGCUGGCUUCCACAGGCCCUGUGGCUUUCCAAGCAGAGGGAAAGUUCUCCCAGGAAGGAUUUGUGGCAGAGGGGAGCUGCUGGCUUGGGUGACUGUGCCCACCAGGAGCCAGCAGCUCUGUCCCGUGGGAGUGGGAGCAGUGCAGGAGGGAUGGCUGGACAGAGCAGGGAGGGGGUGACAGUUUGGGAUGAGCCCCCCAUGGAGCACCCCAGGGAUGAGCUGCCAUGGACACUGAGAUCCACAGAGCUGUUUCUUUCUCUCUCUGUCUCCCUUUGCCAAUGCCCCUCCCAGGGAAGCACCAAUGAGGUAAGUGGCUCUUGCUCUCUGCAUGCUGCCCUGGGCUCCUGGGAAAAGCAUCUUGGCCCCAAAAGCACCUUUGGGCUGCUGGAGGAUGGGAAUCACGAGGGCUC